UCUCAUCUCUAAAAAUUAAUAUUUUCCCUCCUUUUCCUCCUUUUUUUUUCUUUUUCCCCAAAAGAAAAGAAAAGAAAUGGUGAAGUUCUCUAAAGAACUUGAAGCACAACUAAUUCCAGAAUGGAAAGAUGCUUUUGUAAAUUAUUGGCAACUUAAAAAACAAGUUAAGAAAAUCAAGAUUUCAAGAAAACCUCAUGUUCAUGAUGGAAACUCUUCUCUUAUUCAUGAUUUUGGUCGAUCCAUUUUCGACUCGAUUCGUUCUUUCACCAUGACAUCUCACAAGCUUCAUAAACCUUAUGAAGUUUCUCAAGUGAAGAGUAUAAUUAAAGAAGGAGAAAAUGGAGAGGAAAAAGAAGAGCAAGAAGAAAUUUAUGAAACUGAAAAUGAGCUUGUUCAACUAUUUUCUGAAGAAGAUGAGGUGAGGCUAUUUUUUGAGAUGUUGGAUGAAGAGCAAAAAAAAGUGAAUGAAUUUUACAAAACUAAAGAGAGUGAGUUUCUUGAAAGAGGGGAUAUUCUCAAUAAGCAGCUCCAAAUAUUAUUGGACCUCAAGCAAGUUCUCAGUGACCGUCGCCGGAAAACCCUCGGGUCGAGGUCUGGAUCCGGGUUUUUCAGUCGGUCCCACUCGUCGUCUGGCCGGAACUCCGAUUUUUCCGACACACCAAGUGAAUAUUGUGGUAGUCCAACAGGGACAGAAACAUUAUCACAAACAGAAGAAGUGAUAGCAGCACUAGAGAAAAAUGGGAUAAAUUUUGUGAAUUCAGCAAGCACAAGAGCUAAGACAAAAAAAGGGGGAAAACCAAAAGUUGCUAUGAGGAUUGAUAUUCCAGCCACAACACCAACACGUACAAUAGCUGCUGUAACAUCUAUGCUAUGGGAAGAUUUAGUGAAUAACCCUAAAAAAGGUGGACCUAGAGAAUACAUCAACAAGAAGAAAAUACAAUGUGCUGAAAAAAUGAUUAGAAGUGCUUUUGUUGAACUCUAUAGAGGCCUUGGCUUACUCAAAACUUACAGCUCACUAAAUAUGGAGGCUUUCGUGAAGAUACUUAAAAAGUUUGACAAGGUAGCUAAGCAGCAAUCAUCAGCAAGUUACCUUAAGCAAGUAAAAAGAUCACAUUUCAUCAGCUCUGAUAAGGUGGUUAGACUAAUGGAUGAAGUGGAGUCCUUAUUCACACAGCACUUUGCAAACAGUGACAGGAAAAAGGCAAUGAAGUUCUUAAGACCCCAACAGAAUAAAGAAUCUCAUAUGGUCACUUUUUUUGUUGGGCUUUUCACAGGUUGUUUUGUGACGUUAUUUAGUGUAUACGCAAUUUUGGCCCAUUUGAGUGGCAUGUUUUCUACUAGAACUGAAGCUGCUUAUGUUGAAACUGUUUACCCUGUUUUCAGCAUGUUUGCAUUGCUAAGCCUGCAUUUGUUCAUGUAUGGAUGCAAUUUGUUCCUAUGGAAAGGCACAAGGAUCAAUUACAACUUCAUAUUUGAGUUUCAACCUAAAACAGCUCUCAAAUACAGAGAUGCUUUCCUCAUAGGAACUUGCUUGAUGACUUCUGUUGUUGGGGCUCUAGUUAUUCACUUGAUCUUACUUUCGAAUGGAUUUUCUCCGAGCCAAGUCGAUGCAAUUCCUGGAAUUCUCCUACUGAUUUUCCUUGCUCUGCUGAUAUGUCCGUUGAACGUUUUCUAUCGUCCAACACGCUUCUACUUCCUCAAAGUGAUACGUAACAUCGUCUGCUCUCCGUUUUACAAGGUGCUCAUGGUAGACUUUUUCAUGGCUGAUCAACUAACAAGCCAGAUCCCAUUGAUGAGGCAUUUGGAGUCAUCAGCUUGCUAUUUUCUUGCUGGAAGUUUAAAAAGUCAUGGACUUCCAACCUGUAAGUCUGGAAGGAUGUACAGAGAGCUUGCUUAUGUUAUCUCCUUCGCGCCAUAUUAUUGGCGAGCAAUGCAGUGUGCAAGGAGAUGGUUCGACGAGUCUGACAUAAAUCACCUGGCUAACUUGGGAAAGUAUGUUUCUGCUAUGGUAGCAGCUGGUGCUAGGCUAACUUAUGCAAGGCAGCCUGAUUCACAGUUAUGGUUAUCGAUCGUCUUGGUGACUUCAGUUAUAGCCACGGUUUAUCAAUUGUAUUGGGAUUUUGUAAAGGAUUGGGGAUUUUUAAACUUAAAAUCCAAGAACUUUUUGCUCAGAGAUGAACUAAUCCUGAAGAAUAAGAGCAUUUACUAUGCUUCAAUUACUUUAAAUUUGGUCUUGAGAGUAGCUUGGGUGGAGACAGUGAUGCAUUUCAACGUUGGACUAUUUGAGUCGCGUUUACUUGACUUUUUCCUUGCCUCAUUGGAAAUUAUUCGACGUGGUCACUGGAACUUCUACAGGUUGGAAAAUGAACACUUGAACAAUGUCGGAAAAUUCAGGGCAGUGAAAGCAGUUCCAUUGCCAUUCCGCGAGACAGACUCUGAUGGCUAGAAUAACUUUUUGAUCUAUGUUUGGAUCACAAAGACAGGCUUCUCAAUAAGCGGAAAACAGUACUUUCUGCAGCAGCAAGUUGGAAGCACUUGUCGGUUAUGGUGUGAGUAAAGAAUCCACCAUCAUUUUAUUGAUCGUUUAACAACGAACUGAGCCUUAUGGCUCAAGGUGUUGCCAAGAAGAGUUGCACUAAGCUUAUGUUAUUUCCAUGCCUGUUUGUAUAUUUUUCUCAUUCUUAACUCAAUUGUAAUCAGAAAUGUAUCUCUGAGAUCUUAUAUUAUUCUUAGUAAAUAUCAAAAAAGUCUUGAUUUCCCAGAAUAAUUGGUUCUGCUACCAUAUUAUGAUUGUAUGUCAUUAACUCUACUUGUGCCUUAAUUCAAUUCUAUUAUGAUCCUUUAUCCA